AUGAGUGGCCUUCGAUUCCUCGAUCUCAUCAAACCCUUCUCGCCGUUCCUCCCUGAGGUUCAGCAACCCGAGACAAAGGUCCCAUUCAACCAAAAGUUGAUGUGGACGGGUUUGACAUUAUUGAUAUUCUUGGUUAUGAGCCAAAUGCCAUUGUAUGGUAUUGUGUCCUCGGAUACCUCCGAUCCUUUAUACUGGUUGAGAAUGAUGUUGGCAAGUAACAGAGGUACCUUGAUGGAAUUGGGUAUUACACCAAUUAUCUCCUCCGGAAUGGUUUUCCAACUUCUUGCUGGUACCCAUUUGAUUGAUGUUGAUCUUGACUUGAAGGCUGAUCGCGAGUUGUAUCAAACCGCGCAAAAGCUCUUCGCUAUUAUCUUGUCAAUGGGUCAAGCUACUGUUUAUGUCUUUACUGGAUUGUACGGUCAACCAUCCGAUCUCGGUGCUGGUGUCGUCUGCCUUCUCAUCCUUCAAUUGGUUGUUGCCGGUUUGAUUGUUAUUCUCCUCGAUGAGCUCCUCCAAAAGGGAUACGGUCUUGGAAGUGGUAUCUCCCUCUUCAUCGCUACCAACAUCUGCGAGUCUAUCAUCUGGAAAGCAUUCUCUCCCACUACCAUUAACACCGGUCGCGGCCCAGAAUUCGAAGGUGCCGUUAUCGCACUCUUCCACUUGCUUUUGACAUGGCCAAACAAGCAACGUGCUCUCCAAGAGGCUUUCUAUAGACAACAACUCCCCAACAUCAUGAACCUUUUGGCCACUAUCGUCGUUUUCGCAACUGUUAUCUACCUCCAAGGUUUCCGCGUUGAGAUCCCAGUCAAAUCUUCCCGCCAACGUGGUGCUCGUGGUUCUUACCCAGUUCGUCUUUUCUACACCUCCAACAUGCCAAUUAUGCUUCAAUCCGCCCUCUCUUCCAACGUCUUCCUUAUCUCCCAGAUGUUGUACUCCCGCUUUUCUGAGAACUUGCUUGUCCAGCUUUUCGGUGUUUGGGAGGCAAAGGAGGGCUCAGCACAACUUUUCGCUACUUCCGGUAUCGCAUACUACAUGUCCCCACCUUUGAACUUCACCGAUGCUCUUCUCGACCCAAUCCACACUGCCGUCUACAUUGUUUACAUGCUUGUCGCAUGUGCCAUCUUCUCCAAGACUUGGAUUGAGGUUUCCGGUUCCGGCCCAAGAGAUGUUGCUAAGCAACUCAAGGAUCAAGGACUUGUCAUGGCUGGUCACAGAGAACAAAGCAUGUACAAGGAGUUGAAGCGCAUUAUUCCUACUGCUGCCGCAUUUGGUGGUGCUUGUAUUGGUGCACUCUCUGUUGGUAGUGAUUUGAUGGGAGCUCUCGGCUCUGGAACUGGUAUUUUGUUGGCUGUCACUAUUAUCUACGGAUACUUUGAGAUCGCCGCAAAGGAGGGUGAUAUGGCCGGCAUGAAGGGCAUGAUCAUGGGAUAA